AUGCAGUGGAUAUUCACAGAAGAAGAGCUGCUUUUGGCGCCGUCGAUAACCGAUGGAAUGGCUGCGGAAGAAGAGCGGACACUGCGACGGAAAGGCGUGGGCUUCAUAUUGCAGGUGGGCAUGAUGCUCAAGCUCCCACAGACGACUCUGAGCACGGCUGCCGUGUUCUUCAACCGCUACCUGAUGCGAAUGAGCCUCAAGCCACGGCCUGGUUACAAGCCACUUCACCAUUAUCAAAUCGCUGCGACUGCAUUAUUUCUCGCUACCAAAGUCGAAGAGAAUUGCCGCAAGAUGAAAGAACUCGUCGUGUCAUGUGUCCGGGUUGCCCUUAAAGACCCCAACAAGCUUGUCGACGAGCAAACAAAGGAUUUCUGGAAAUGGCGGGACACCAUUUUGUACAGCGAAGAUGUUCUACUUGAGGCCCUAUGUUUUGACCUCAACGUUGAAUCGCCAUAUAAGAUCAUGUAUGACAUGAUGAAGUACUACGGUGUCGAGCACAAUAAAAAGCUGCGCAACUCGGCCUGGGCUUUUCUCUCCGACUCGACAUCCACGCAAAUGUGUCUGCUGUUUCUCUCACGAACAAUUGCUGCAGCAUCGCUGUAUGCUGGCGCGCGCAUGGCCGAGGUUGAGCUAAGCGACGACGAAGGCAAGCCGUGGUGGGAGAUUCAGCACGUCCAGCUGCGCGACAUCAGAAAAGCAUGCAACCUGAUGGCCGAUCUGUACGAGAAGACGCCCGACAAGGACGGCGAGCCUAACAUGUACGCUGGGCUUAGAACACCCGAAGAUGGCAUCAACUUUGGAGACACGCCUAGGAGCAUGGAAGGAGUCCAGAUGACCAGUCAAAGCCAGCCGACUGCUAACGGCACUGCGGAUGGGAACGUGACGGAGAGGGGCAGCGAAGAGGGCGAGUUGGAUGGCUAG